ACGUCAUACACAUGCGCCUCGCGGCGUCGCGCGCCAGUCUACGAUUCGUAAAAACAAACGAUUUUUCUCGCUGUGGAGGCUUUAUUAAAUGACUAUAUUGAAAAAUACACAAAUAUUCAUAAAGGACCCACAGAGAAAAAUCGAGGAACGGCAAACAUAUAUUCGAAGAAACUGGUUGUCUGUACGUAUAAACACAUCUGCACGUGAGGCAUUAAAAAAGUUGAUUUCAUCCGACGACUCCUGUGCUCUCUGAUCGGAGCCACUUCUGGUGAUCAACAACUUCAAAUCAACCAGUCAAAGUACAACAAAAAUGGGGCGUAGAAAAUCCAAGAGAAAGCCUCCCCCGAAGAAAAAAAUGACAGGCAAUUUGGACACGCAGUUCACAUGUCCGUUUUGUAACCACGAGAAAUCCUGCGACGUGAAAAUGGAGCGAACACGAAACACAGGAAUAAUAUCUUGCAGUGUUUGCUUGGAGGAGUUUCAGACUCCUAUUACCUAUUUAUCAGAACCAGUGGAUGUUUACAGUGACUGGAUAGAUGCAUGCGAAGCAGCCAAUCAGUGAUCGCCUCCCUUCAAUUACACUGCUCACAAAAAUUAAAGGAACACUUUUUUAUUGGGCCUGGCAUGAAUUGAAUUAAACAUGUUUGAUAAAUUUCUGGUUGGUUAAGCAGCUGAGGGCCUCGUUAAUCAAUUUCAACUGUAUUGGUGUUCAUGGAAUUAACAACAGGUGCACUUCAGUGGCAACAAUUAGAAAACCCUCAAAACAGGUUUUACAUGGAGGUCAUUUCAAGUUGCUCCCUUUUGAUCUUUUUUGGCUGGUUAUGCCACUCGAGCUGAUUUUGGCUUGCGUAAUUAUCUCUAUUGGCAGUAUGAUGGGAUUCCUUCACCCUAUAGAAGUUGCUCAGGAUGGCACAUCCACACGUGCUGCAGGAAGAAGGCUUAAUGUGUCUCCCAGGACAAUCUCCAGAAUAUGGAGGAGAUUUCAGGAGACUGGUGGUUAUUCUCGGAGAGCUGGACAGGGCUGUAGAAGGUCCUCAACCCCUCAGCAGGACCGAUACCUGCUCCUUUGUGCAAGGCAGAACAGGCUGAGCACUGCUCGUGCCCUACAGAAUGACCUCCAGAGGGCCACUGGUGUAAAUAUCUCUACCCAAACAAUCAGAAACAGACUUCAUGAAGGUGGCCUGAGGGCCCGACGUCCUGUAGUGGGCCCUGUGCUUACUGCCCAGCACCAUGGAGCUCGACUGGAAUUUGCUGAAGAACACCAGAAUUGGCAAGUCCGCCACUGGCACCCUGUACUUUUUACAGGUGAGAGCAGGUUCACCCUGAGCACCUGUGAUAGACGUGAAAAAGUCUGGAGAAGACAAGGAGAACGUUAUGCUGCCUGCAACGUCGUUCAACAUGACAGAUUUGGUGGUGGGUCAGUGAUGGUCUGGGGAGGCAUAUCCAUGGAGGGACGCACGGACCUCUGUUGCCUAUGAAAUGGUGCUCUGACUGCCAUAAGGUUUCGCGAUGAAAUCCUUGAACCCAUUGUCAAACCCUACGCUGGUGCAGUAGGUCCUGGUUUCCUCCUAAUGCACGACAAUACCCUGCCUCACUUGGCAAGAGUGUGCAGGCAGUACCUGGAGGAUGAAGGAAUUGAGACAAUUAAAUGACCUUAAGUCCCAUGACUUAAACCCAAUAGAACAUCUCUGGGACAUUAUGUUUCGGUCCAUUAGGCGCCGCCAGGUUGUUCCUCAGACUGAACAACAGCUCAGGGAUGCUCUCACACAGAUCUGGGAGGCAAUGCCACAAGACACCAUCCAUCGUCUCGUUAGGAGCGUGCCACGACGUUGUCAAGCAUGCAUACAAGCUCGUGGGGGCCACACAAGAUACUGAAAAGCAUUUUUGAGUUGCAGUAAUUAAGUUUUGGAAAAAAUGGACUAGCCUGACACAUCUUCAUUUCACUCUGAUUUUAUGGUGUCUACAAAAUUGAGCCCUCUGUAGGCUGAAAACUUUAAAUUCAACACUGCCCUGACGUUAUUUGCAUAGAUAUCCAACUUCAUAUUUAGAUCUGAUGUAUCUAAUGUGUUUCUUUAAAGUGCUCCUUUAAUUUUUGUGAGCUGUCUUGAAGGGAACGUAUACGGCGAUCCGUUUUGUAUAAGUGUUGACCGUGUGGCGAGCUUGGACAGGAGUCUGAGGAGGAGUGUCGAACCACCGAGCCAAGCGGCGUUGUUUUGUUGACAUUGAAACUCACGAAGUAACAACGUACAUCUUGCAUGCUGCGGCGGGAGACGUUUGUUUACUUCGGCUUUUCCCUUAACUAAACUCUUUUCCCCGGGAACUACACAACUUGCCAACAUUAGUUCCGCAGGUGAAUUCUGUUAACUCUCUACAACCGUUUACUUUAUAAAGGUUCGAAAAUUAGGGUGCGCUUUAUACACGAGUACAAGAAUUUCCCCUAGAUUUAUAAGGUAAAUUUUGGGUGCGCGUUAUAUUUGGAGAAUUACGGUACUUUAAUGACCUGUGCUUGGAGCUAUAGCAAUUAUUUUACAUUGAAAGUAAAAAAAUACAUCAUGAUUCUCUCCUUUUGAAGUAUAAUGUGUAUGCAUGGAUAAACAGGAGUUUUAACAUAAAGCAUUCUAUAGUCCAUUUAUUUGCGUUAGUUUACCAGACAGAACUUCCACAUUCUCUGCGACAGAUGCAGUCGUAUCGCAGCAAUUCGCCAACUCGCUCAGUGAGGCAUUUGUAUAAACAGUAGAUGUCUAUGUUGACACUGUGUUUUAUUAUACCUGUAUGUUAUGUAGUAAUUUAGUCUCAUUUAGAAUUCUAACCACUUUGUAUUUGCUACAGGUGUAAAAAAACGACCAUUUCACAUCACUAUUUUUCCCACUAUUGGUAGUUACUUUUUAAGUAUGUGUAUUUUUUUUUAAAUUCAUGAAUAAGGAACCUCUCUGGACCAAAUGACACACAACAUAAUUCCAUAACAUAUGCUCUCCACAUUUUGUUAAUAGUAUGUAAUCUUUGACCAAUAUUUAUGUCACUCUGAUCAAUGAUACAUUCUGAUGUGAUAUUUGCUUGCUUUAGAUCUUUCCAGAAUCACAUUUAAAUUUAUAUUUACUGUGUAUUUCAAGAUCAUUCCAGAAACCCUGAAUUUUAUUUUUCAAGUGUUUUUAUUGCACAAAUGUCAUGUCUAGUGAAAGCCAGUAUAGAAAAAGACAUUUCAAUAUUGUUGAAACACAGCCUACUCUUGAAUGGUGAAAGCUUACCAUUGACUCAACAUUUUUAUAUAUUUCAGUUGACACAGAUUAGUAAAUGCACUGUAAAAAUGCUCCUCUUCAUUGCUCGCAUUCAUUUUAUUCAAUUAAAGGAAUGUUAAAAGAUUUGA